CGGGACGCUCAGCUGCCUGCCGUACCCCGCGGAGGACAGACACCCCGAGAAGCUGAGCGGCUGCGCGGGCAAGGAGGCCUCCAGCACCAACGGCUGUGUGAAGGGGAAGCAGAGACGAGACCACGCGCGCCGCAGGUCACGCAGCCCGUCAUGCGAUGGGGAGCGACCACCACAGCCAGCCCGGGGCAAGAAGAAGAAGAAGAAAUCUGGGCGCAAGAAGCGCAGGAGGUCUCCCUCCUACAGCCCCUCGCCUGUGAAGAAGAAGAAGAAGAAGAGCUCCAAGAAGCGAAAAAGAAACAGGUUGUCCUCAAAGAAGAGAAGACACAGCUCUCGUGGGCGCAGCCGGAAAUCCCAUCGCCACCGCCACUGCCACUCUCGCUCAGAGAGCUCCGACUCCCACUCCCCCAGCUGCCGAAGCAGGCACAGAGCCAGGUCUCGGGAGGAAAGGCGUAAAACACGGCGCAGACACUCCCGGCACCAUUCAAAGAUCACGGCAAAGCGAAGCUCCUCCGCAGAGGUUCAGGCCAGCCAAAAAGCCAGCCAGACCCUCCAGCUCUACAGCUUCCUGUCUCCUAAGGAAGUAAUCUCUCAGUCAGGGUCUUCUGCUGACCUCUUUACCAAAACAGACAGCCCGCCUGGCAACCUAGCCAGCCACAAUGGAGAGUAUCAUGAAUAUGACUCAGGAAACGAUACUUCCUCCCCUCCCUCCACUCAAACGAGCUCAUCCAGGUCAAAGGAAAGCCAGGAGAAAAGAAGUCUAGUCCAUGAUGGCUUUGGCCAUGCCUUCUCGUCCGGGAAGCCCAAACUGGCCAACAGCGAUAACAGCUCUGAUUCAGGAAAUUCCUUCACCAGUUGCUUUUCCCAGACCAAGGGAACAGCUUUGGAAAAUCUGUCUCCAGAUGCCCAGGGACAAGACCGAAGAGGGUGCCUGUCCUUAUGUCCCAGCUGCUCAGAGGAGAAGCAGCGGGAUUCCCCGGCGUGCCCCAGCCGCAGCUCCUCGCUGAGGCCGUGCUCCCGCAGCGAGUCCUCCACCAGCACGGGCAGGUCUUCCCCUGGCUCCAGCCGCUCCCGCUCCUCGCACCACAAGGUCUCUCCCAGGUACUCCCGAAGCAGGUCCCGUUCUUCAGGAAGGAGGUCUUCUUCACGUUCCCGCAGCUAUUCCUCCAAAUCCUGCAAAAAAAGUCCCGGGAGCAGGAAUUCAAGGCCUCGUCGGAGCCCCAGUUACUCCCGCUACAGCCGUAGCAGAGACCGUGAGCGCGAGCACAAGUACAGCUCCAGUGACAAGGAAUCGCAGCGGGAGCGGGACCGGCAGCGACGCUCCUAUUCACCCCUGAGGAAGCGGAGGAGAGACUCUCCCAGCCACCUCGAAGCUCGGCGCAUCACAAGCGCCCGCAAACGCCCCAUCCCCUACUACCGCCCCAGCCCCUCCUCCUCCAGCAGCGCCAGCAGCUACUCCUCCUCCUACAGCAGCUUUAGCCGCUCCCCGAGCCAGAGCCGGAGCUACUCCAGCUAUCGGACAAGCCGGAGCCGAAGCUGGAGCAGGAGCAGCAGCAGCACCGAGGGCAGGAGCCGCAGCCGGAGCUCGGGCCCCAGGAGCAGCCGCAGCAGGAGCAGGAGCUAUGACUCAGGAGGCAGCUCCGAC